AUGGAUUCUGCCGCUCAAUUAUCAACAGCCAUGGACCCACAGGCCGAUGCACAACGAAGUAACCAGGAAGAACAGGCUCGGAAAGAAGCAGAAAGUCGGGAAAAUGCAAUUAACUCCAUGCUCUCGCAGAUUUUGGACCAACAAGCGUUAGUGCGACUGAGUAAUUUAUCUGCAGUUAAACCAGAUAAGGCUAAAAUAGUUGAAUCAGCCGUCAUUAAUAUGGCCCGACGAGGGCAGUUGGUAGGGAAAUUAUCUGAUGAGGGAUUGAAGCAAUUGAUGGAACGUGUCUCUCAACAAACUACACGGACAACCAGUGUGAAGUUUGAUCGACGUCGUAACAACCUCGAUUCCGAUGGGGAUGACGAUUACUGA